AUGGCGUCGUCCAACGCCAGCGAUGCAGCAACUCGACGGCUGGUAGAAGGACUGGGGUGCGACCUGGACAUCUACAACAACUUCAUCGAGUCCGAGGACGGCCAAGACAUCUUCAUCCAGGCUACAAUGUGCGAGUCGCGUAUCGUGUACCUCAAGAACGCUCGAGCUGGGUGGUACGGACCCGUGCCGCAGGCGGAUCUCUUCUCGGCCAUGUGCUCGGACGAGUGUCUCCGUAGCGACGAACUGCACAGGAAGGCACUGUCUCUAUCGCGCUGUACGUGCACUGAGGUGUCUGCUGACACGUUCGUGAGGCACGACUUCUGCCUCGAGAGCUCCGCUCGCCUGCUGUGUACCCAUCUGAGCGAAUGCGGCCACUGGGGCUGCCAGCUCGAAGACUUCAACUGCCUGCGCUACGAAUGGGACCAUCUGUAUCCAUCGCUCGCUGCGUCUUGGCUGGUAUAG